UAGGCGAGGCUUGCCGGUUGAGUGGGGUUCUCCAUAGGAAGAGUUUGAUCUACACUUAAGGUCUUGCUUCUCGGGGUAGACAACGGAGAGCCAAAACUUUCAAAGCCGGGGCCCCGAGGAGAGCCAGACGAGGUCACCGAAUGUAAAUGUCGCGGGGGUUCGGCCCAGCCAGGCGAAUCGGCUGGGCGGGGUGGGGCCGCCAAGCCGCAAAUCACCAGUUGAGGGCCAGAGAGCGCGGAGCGAGCUCAGAGCCGCGCUUGCCGCCGCCGAGCCGGGUGGGAGCCGGGCUGGAACCGCGCCGCGCAGCCGGCAGUCGCGCCGGCCUCUCGGCGGACACCCGCGGACCAUGAGCCGCCCGCGCUCCCAGAGCAGCUGCGGGGCGGUGCGGGCAGAGCGGCACUGAGCCGCCCUCCGGGACCCCGAGCGCUGUGCGGGAAGCGUCGAGAGAAUCAUGGCUGCGGGAAAAUUUGCCAGCCUUCCGAGAAACAUGGUUGUGAAUCACCAGUUCCCAUUGGCCUCGUCCAUGGACCUUCUGAGCAGCAAGUCCCCUCUCGCGGAGCCUCGCACAGAUGCAUAUCAAGACGUGUCUAUACAUGGCACUCUUCCGCGGAAGAAGAAAGGCCCUCCUCCCAUACGAUCCUCUGACAGUGCCAGUCACAUGGGUACCCUUCCCCACUCCAAAUCCCCACGGCAGAGCUCACCUCUGACCCGGGACAUCAUCCAGGAAAACCCACCGCAAGACUGGAAAGGGGACACCUUCACCUUCAGGGAUCCACAUCUUCUGGACCCGACUCUGGAAUAUGUGAAGUUCUCCAAGGAGAGGCACAUCAUGGACAGGACCCCUGAGAGGCUGAAAAAGGAACUCGAAGAGGAGCUGCUGCUGAGCAGCGAGGACCUGCGCAGCCACGCCUGGUACCACGGCCGCAUCCCGCGACAGGUAUCUGAAAACCUGGUGCAGCGAGACGGUGACUUCCUGGUUCGCGACUCCCUGUCUAGCCCGGGAAACUUUGUCCUGACCUGUCAGUGGAAGAACCUCGCUCAGCACUUUAAGAUCAACCGGACUGUUCUAAGGCUCAGCGAGGCCUACAGCCGCGUGCAGUACCAGUUUGAGAUGGAGAGCUUUGACUCCAUCCCUGGGCUGGUGCGCUGCUACGUGGGCAACCGGCGGCCCAUCUCCCAGCAGAGCGGUGCCAUCAUCUUCCAGCCCAUCAACAGGACAGUGCCCCUCUGGUGUCUGGAGGAGCGUUAUGGUACCUCACCGGGCUGCGGCCGGGAGGGCAGCUUUACUGAUGGAAGGCCAGAUGUGGCUAAGAGACUGAGCCUCACCACCACCGGUAGCAUUCAGGCUCGGGAAAGCUUGCCCCGGGGAAACCUGCUCAGGAAUAAAGAGAAGAGUGGCAGCCAGCCCGCCUGCCUGGAUCACGUGCAGGACAGGAGGGCCUUAGCCCUCAAAGCCCACCAGUCGGAGAGCCACCUGCCCCUAGGCUGCAAGCUGCCCCCUCAGUCUCCAGGUAUGGACACAAGCCCUUGCCCCAGCUCUCCUGUGUUCAGGACUGGCAGCGAGCCCACCCUGAGCCCGGCACUGGUCCGGCGAUUCUCUGCAGACACUAGAGGAGGAGGGGAGGCCCUGCGGGGAUCAGACAGUCAGCUGUGCCCCAAACCACCCCCAAAGCCCUGCAAGGUGCCCUUCCUCAAGGUUCCCCCGUCUCCGUCUGCCUGGCUCAAUUCCGAGGCCAACUAUUGUGAACUGAACCCUGCUUUUGCUGUGGGCUGUGACAGGGGAGCCAAGCUUGCCCCACACGAGGAGCUGCUGACAACCAAACACAAUGGGGCCUCAGGCCCCCGGAACUCUGGCAUCAACUACUUGAUCCUCGAUGGGGAUGACCAAGCGAGGCCUUGGGAUCCUCUGGCAGCACAGACAGAUGAGGGUCAGGAAGACAAAACGAUGUUUGUGCCACCUCUCAUGGAAACCGUGUCGUCAUUCAGACCCAAUGACUUUGAGUCCAAGCUCCUUCCUCCGGAGAACAAGCCCCUGGAAACCGCCAUGCUGAAGCGUGCAAAAGAAGUGUUCACCAACAACGACGCCAGGGUCAUCGCGCAGCACAUGCUGAGUGUGGACUGCAAGGUUGCUAGGAUACUGGAAGUCUCUGAAGACAUGAAGAGGAGCAUGGGUGUGGGCUCAGGACUGGAACUCAUUACCUUGCCUCAUGGACACCAGCUGCGCCUGGACAUUAUCGAGAGACACAACACCAUGGCCAUCGGCAUCGCUGUGGACAUUCUGGGCUGCACGGGUACUUUGGAGAACAGAGCAGGUACCCUCAAUAAGAUCAUCCAGGUGGCGGUGGAGCUGAAAGACACCAUGGGAGACCUCUAUUCUUUCUCAGCCAUCAUGAAAGCCCUAGAGAUGCCUCAGAUCACACGGUUAGAAAAGACAUGGACUGCUCUGCGGCACCACUACACCCAAACAGCCAUCCUCUAUGAGAAGCAGCUGAAGCCCUUCAGCAAAGUCCUGCAGGAAGGCAAAGAGUCCACACAUGUCCCGCCAGGCAGUGUAUCAGUCCCACUGCUGAUGCCUCUUGUGACCUUAAUGGAACGGCAGACUGUCACUUUCGAAGGAACUGACAUGUGGGAGAAAAAUGACGAGAGCUGUGAAAUUAUGCUGAACCACUUGGCGACAGCCAGAUUCAUGGCCGAGGCUUCCGAGAGCUACAGGAGGAAUGCUGAGAGGAUCCUGGCAGAUUUUCAACCGGAUGAAGAAAUGACUGAGAUCUUGAAGACUGAAUUUCAGAUGCGAUUGCUGUGGGGCAGCAAGGGUGCCGAAGUCAACCAGACGGAGAGAUACGAGAAGUUCAACCAGAUUUUAACAGCCCUCUCACGGAAACUGGAACCUCCUUCUGUAAAGCAGGCUGAGCUCUGAGAACCACCCAGGAGACCUUGGGGCAUUACCUGAAGCUUUUCCAGACCUGCUGGGAAUGCUUAUCAUCUUAUAAAGUAAUAAUGUGCAAAUCUAAGAAGAUACAAGCUUUUAAUAUCCACAGGAUAUUAAAUGUAUAAACUGCACAGAGCAUAUUUAUAUGAAUUGUUUAAAACUACUACUGAUUUUUAAAUGAAUGGUAAUUUAUUAUUAGAUAACUAUUGCUAAUGUUGAUCAGCAAAUUUAAGAAGACAUAGCUAUGUUGCUGGUUGUUUAAUAAUCGUGGUAUUUGACCAUCUUAGUUUUAAUUCCAUGUCAUAUAAAUGUAAAUAGAGGCAUUUAAAAGAAAAGCAUGAAGCAUUGCAGAAGGUAUCAGUUAUAUGAUAUUCUUUUGAAUAUGAAACUGUAAAUAGUCAUGAGUGGAAAUAUAUGUUUUUGUGAAAUGAUUGUA